GUCACUAACCGCGAGACCAGCGAUGAGCCGGGCUGAGUUCCUGGAAUUCCUCCACGCGCAGGAGGGAGCUUAUCAGGGCCCCGCAGCCCCGGGGCCGUCCCUCCGGCAGCCCCGCGCCCCACCGCCGCCCUGGCCGCGCCGCUCCCUGGCAGACGCAGCCCAGGCGGCUCCGCGGCGGCCUCCCGGGACGGGCACCGCGCGCCGGCGGCUCCCUCCCUCCGGCCAGCAAGAUCCUGCCUUUUGCUCGGAAGGUCUUCAGGUGACCCGGGAGCCUGAGGGUAACCUCAAAACUAACCCGCGUCCCCGAGUCCAGGAGAAGGCUGACGGAGAAUUGGAUGCUGACUCUUCCCAGGAGAUGGACAGAGUCACCAGACACCUCGUCUUCCAGUACCCCCAGGCGCCUAACCAGGACUAUAACGAUGGCUACCAAGCCAGCUCGUCUGCGGAGCAGAGGGCUGGUGGUGACGACGAUGUGUUUGGCUCCUCUCAGCGCAGCAGCCAGAGAGUGGAAAAUGGCUAUGAAUGGAAAUUCAGGUCCAAGUCACCCUCAAAUUUCCUAGAUGGUGGAAAGGAUGUCUGGACCCCCUCCCCGGACAGAGACUCCAGGCUGGAGGUGGUACGGUCGGGAAGCCUGUAUGACCUCAGGGCGUACAGAGGCGAGAGGAAGCCAUCGAAGCUUUAUGAAGAGGACGAGGAGGAACAGCGCAGGGUCCUUCCACCAAGUAUCUCACCCGAGAAGGCAAAGGAGCUUGAAGACGAGAGGAGGGAGGUCAUCCAGAGCCAGGUGAUGAAGAAGAGCUCCACCAUGGCCGAGAAGUGGAGCUCCAUGGAUGAGCUGAGCUCUAUAAACCCGGGCUCAGGCAGCCAGGGGGGAGGCAGGCACAAAGGCAGCUUCACCUCCAGCUUUGCUGUUUACUUUGACAAGCCUUCCCAAGGGAGGGCAGCAACGCCUGUUGACCCUGAAAAUAUAGACACAGAGCAGAUCAACUUCUCCGCUGCCCGGCAACAGUUCCUGAUGCUGGAAAGGACCAAUCCGGACUCUAUUUUCAGCCCCAGGCAGCAAGCAAUGUCUCCAAAGCCAGAGUCAGUGACGAGAAUCUCUGCGCAGGAGUGGCACGGUCCCGAGACGGCCGCAAAGACUGCGAGGGGUUACAGCAGUCCGGGUGCCCCCGGCCAGAGCAGGACAGACAAGACCGUUUAUCAGGUUUAUAACACAUCCUACAAGGCACCUGCAAAGGACGAGGUUUAUGCUCCCAGAAGGGCUGAUACUGAAAGAUCGUAUCUCACUGGGAGAACAUCCACUUUGACUAAAGCGUCUUCCAGAGACGACCCGGACUCCGGCUUGGGUGAAAUGUAUACUGUCGGCAGCGUGGGCUACGUCGGCAAUGGGAGCACGACGAUCGAGAUCUUCGACGCUCCUGCGGGACUGAGGGCUGGCGGCAACGGCCCGGACAAAGAGAUGAGGACCAGCAACGAGACGCCCAUUGAGCGGGAAAUCCGCCUGGCGAUGGAGAGGGAGGAGAACCUCUGGAAGGAGAGGGGGAUCCAGAGGCUGACCUCCAGCAGCGAGCUGGUGGAAAUCCAGACCAAGCCUCUCCUCUCAGUGUCUGUAUCGCCCCUUCCAGCCAGGAAAGGGAAGGACAAAGGCCGCACUUCCUUUUACGUCCAGAGGGAAAUAGAGCAGGAAACUAAGCGUGAAGAAGAUCUGAAGAAGGAGGGGAGGCUGCUGGGGCUGUACGACCGGGGGACGCAGCAGGAACUGGACGAGCGCAAGAAGGUGUUUCAGCAGGAGGAAGCCCCCCCGGCCCCACAGCAGACAGCCUCCCCUUGGAAGGCAGACGAGUACAGGAGCAGCUGGAUUAACGGCUUUGCGCUGGAGCAGUCCACCGGUCACAGCUUCAGCCCCACGCAAGACGCCAGAGGUGGGAAAGCCCCCCCGAACUACACGGUGAAGCUGACGCAGUUCCAGGCGCACCAGCCUCGCUUUGCAGCAGCCGCCGGCGAGAAGAGCGGCGAUGAGCCGCUGAUGUACGACCGCGCUUCCGCCGGUGCCAACAAAUGGGCGAGUGAGGAUUCCUGGGGAGGAAGGCUUCCCGGCGCCGCGCAGAGGUCCGGCUCCACCCUGAGCCCCGUAGACACAGGCGUCCUGCGCAAAGAGUACUUCUCCUUGCCCUUCUGGAAGCCCAAGGUCUCCUUCGUGGACAACAUGGGGACGCAAAGCCCGCUGAGGAGGGAGAGGGGGCUGGAAGGGGAGGGUGGCCAGGAGGAGCAGUACACGCUGCGGACGUGGAAGCCCCAGACGCUGGUGCUGAUUGAGAAGGAGAUCCAGAGCGACUUGCAGAGGGAAGAGGAGCUGCAGGAGCAACGGAGGAGGAGGCAGCUGAUAGACGGCUACUCCCUGGUCAGCAGCAGCAGCUUCCCCAAGGAGAGCUCCCACUCGCGGCUUUCCUCGCAGAGUUCAGCUGCCUCAGGUGUCAGUGGCAGCUACUCGGUGUCCGAGUCUCCAGUCUUUGCUCCUGCCUCGCACCAGAUGGGAAUCCCGGGAGUGGGAUCGUCAUUCACUCCACUGAGAGUUGCUAGUCCCUCUCAGGGCAGCUCGGAGAGCCUCACCCUCGAAUCGGCUCGUUCCAGUCCCUUCGAUGAGAGGAGGAGGAGGGUGAAGGAAGAUGGAAAGUAUGCAGGCAUUGAACCCGUUGACAAAAUCAACACAGAGGUUGUGGAAAGCACCAGAGUGAUUCGUCACAAGAGUGCCAUGGCCAAACGCUGGGAGGCAGGGCAGUACGUCAAAGAUGACGAGUGAUGCAGCUCUCAUGGCCCAGGAAAGAACAGUGGCCGCUAGUCUUUGCUCUGUAUUUAUCCUUUUUUGGAUGCAAUCAACACAUUCAAAAUAGCUGAUCAGUUCAACUGCUGGUGAUCAUGAGAAUCAGAGACUUCUAAAUUGCAAAUUCCAGCUGUUCUUCACCUAACAGAUGAUCACUCCAAUGCAUUAAAUGUGCUCAUUUGUUUUUUCUCCCUUCCCUUUGAGGUAAAGUAACACUUUUUUAAAGGGGGGGAGAAAGCAGAUCACUUGCUUUUAAUCACUUCUGCAAGGAAACAGUAAAUUAACAGAAAUCAUACGGUGUUUUAUUUCUGAGUGGUUUUAGGUUUUUAGGUACCACGGUAUCAGGCAUCACCUAGGAAGGUAACUAGACUGAUGCAUACCUUUGAAUCAAUAUGAGCAUCAAACUGGGAAAUCAAGGGUUUUGAUUUAAGUCAUGUGAUCUGUUGAGACGCAGUGAUAUAUAACACAUACAUACUUUAAUGCUGUUGUUUAUUUUGCUAAUUUAUUAAAGAGUCAUUACUCUCCCUCA